GCGCACGCAAGCGCGAAAAGAUUUCCCACGACAAUCCAGAACAUUCCGGAAGGUUCCGGUGACUCAUAGAUAAUGAUAGAUUCCAACAGCUACGAUUGCCGAACAGCGAGGAUGUUUAUAGCGCGUAGCAAGUCUACGCAGUUGGGUUGGGCUGAGCAUUCCCGUUUCCCAUUCCCAGAUUACCUCACCAAAUGGCAUGGCCAGUGAUGGGUAUGUCCCACUUCAAAUCCAUCGCUGUGGGUGCCUUUUCCGGGAUAGUACUCCAGGCUGCACUCCUCGGUGUAAUUACCAUCCAGACUUUUCUCUAUUACGAAAGGUUUUCCAAGGACCAUAUCUCUCAGAAGACCGUCAUCGGAUUCUUAUGGCUCGUGCAGAUGUUUCAAGUGAUAACUUCGCUUUACGUGUACAUAUGGAUUGUUGAACAUGCUGGGGAGCCGGUUUUAAUAAAAUGGUUUGAUACUUUCUACCAGUUAUCUAUGGUUAUUUGCUCUGCCAUCGUUCAAUUUUUUUUCGUCCUAAGACUCUAUCGACUCAGUGGAUCGAUCUGGCUACCGAUAUCGCUUAUUUUGCUAACUCUGGCGCAAUUUGGGACCGGUGUUGUGCUCUUUAUUCAGGCAAAUGUUACUCACGGUCUCGAAAGCGUACUCUUUUCCAAACACCCACUCACUAUAUCGUGGCUAACACUAGAGGCAGUGGCUGAUCUCGUGAUUGCCUUCGCUAUGUCAUAUUUCCUCCAGAAGCGUCGCACAGGAUUUCGGCGGAUGGAUACAGUGUUACGGAAGUUAACAGCAUAUGCCAUCAGCACCGGCCUGCUGACUGGCAUUCUGGCGCUGGCUACCAUGUUUUCUGUUGCGUUCCACAGCCCCCAAUUUAUCCCCAUGAUUUUCGUCUUUGUGAGUAAAACCUGUCUUUCAAUGCAGAUGCUUGGCCUUAGUAAUACUCCCUAGGUGCUCGGAGGCGUCUAUACUACAUCCCUCUUAGCAAAGUGCGUAUACUGUCACGAAGCAAUGCACAUAACUGUCUUCAAAGCAAAGUCUCGUAUACUGACUUCCCUCUCCUUCACACCAGUUUACAUUCGCGCUCGAAACUCUUGAGCGACCCAGGAAAGAACGGGAUUUCAAUAGAGUUGUCCCACCUUCCUUGCAAGGUAAGAGCAGUGCAUCCGUAGCCUACUCCC